UUUAUUCAAAAGUAACACCAUCAUAAAUAUAAUAAUAAUCCCUAACCUUCUAACAAUAAGGUAAUCAAUAAAUAUGUUUAUGUAUUACGUAUAGCAAUUUUUUCUCUCAUUAGAUUCACCAGCAUGGUUUCCUUGAUUCAAGAGGCUGCGUCAGAUGUAAGACGAAAUUUCGCACGGCGUCUCGGCAAGGCAAACAAGAACGAGACACCUUGAAAAAAUUAACAUAAGGUGAAAAUAAGUAAUGAAAGUAUUGGCUGUAGGUAAGGUUGAUCAUUACAGUGUAACAUGUUGUCAGAUGCAGACCCAGAGGACCACUACAAUCCUUCUGUCAGAAUAGUCGACUUGAAACGCAAUGGCACCAACUGUGGCUUCAAGCUGACCAGGGGUAAGUGGGACCCCUACCCCUGGGUGACGAAGGUGGAAAAAGACUCUGCUGCGGAGGUGGCCGGGGUCAAAAACGGCGACUGCCUGUUGGAGCUCGACAGCGAAGAUGUGGUUGGAAGAAGAAUAUCAGAAAUAGCCGAUUUGGUCAAGGGAAAGUCCGGUAAAAUAUCCUUGUUGCUUUGGAACGCCGGAAUCGACCGACAGUGUUCUCCAGAGGCGCUAUGCUGUGGUCCCAUGCCUAAUAAUUUACAAAGGCUGUCAGCUUGCAUGUCCAUUAUACUAACGUUUCUAGAAUGUCCCGUAUGUUUAGACACCAUUCCACCACCUACGUAUCAGUGCGAUAAUGGACAUUUGAUAUGUAUUAGAUGCCGAGCCAAGUCUGAAAGAUGCCCUGUCUGCAGACAAAGAUAUGGGAGGGGAAGAUCAUUAUUAGCUGACCAAGUGUACAAUUCCAUCGUGGAUGCGUUUGGUCUAAAAGAAGAUACAGAUGAAGCCAAAUCAGCGAAAAUCCAGCAAAUUUUUAGAUUAAGAAAGAAAAACGUACCUGACAUAAAAGUGACGCCUUCCCAUGCGAAUAAAUUUUUGGCGAAAAUAGUUGGGAAGGCAUCAUCGGUUGAUAAUUUAUCGUCAACAUCGAAAUUGUCGUCACCUAAUGAAGGUGAUUUAAAGGCGAAAUCGUUGUCGACGACGGAAAUAUUUCAGCUGGAUACACCCCCCGUAUCAAGGUCUGGUUCUAUAGGAAGAAUCAGUAGAAACGAUAAAAAUAGGAUUCGAAGCAUGGAGGAGGAUAAUAGGCCAGCUUCGUAUCAUGGUUCCUAUGACUCUUUAAAUGAUAUUAUAACCACGACGAAAUUUUCAGAGGAAGAAACAUUGUAUCAUUGUCCCUUCGAUUUAAAAUGCACAUCCUUACUUAAUGGUAAAAACAUUUUCCACCAUUUUCAAGUAACCCACAACGGGCCUUUGGUUCAAUUCUUUAAACCCCAUGUGAAAGUUAACCUAAGAAAAAUCCUGGACGAGCCUGAACUGUGCUACGUUAUUAAUAGUGAAGGAAACGCAUUCUUCCUUAAAAUGGUUUUAACGGAAUCAAGCAACGAUGAAGGAAAUUCAAAGGACAUUUUGAUAUGGCUGUGGUAUUUAGGUUCGAAGAAGUCCUCGAAAGAGUUCGAGAUGCAAGUGGAGCUUAUGAAUGAAUCGACAAAUCGCACUCUAUUGAGCGUGAGAAGUUCAAUAUUUUCAUUGAGCGCCGUAUCGGGCCAAGAAAUUCAAGACUGCAAAAAAGGGAUCUUUUUGAGUGCCAAAACGUUGAAUACGGUGACGCACGCGUCUAGCAACGACAUGCUGGAUUUAAAAAUAUUAAAAACCGAUGUAGAAUAGAGUAUUUAUCUUCAGUAUUAAUAGAUUUAAGUUUUUAUUUUUACAUUGGAUGUAUUUAUUAUAAUUAUAAGCGCGUUAAGUGUUAUUAUGGUAGGCAACCCGGAUUGCACGUUUCGCUUGUAUUUUCCAAUCAAAGUUUCGAAUUUGUGUUUGUUUAUUUUGAUUUUGAAGUUGGUUUGUUAAUUAAUUUGUUAAUCAUCAGCAAUUAUCUAAAUUCGUCAAUAUUGAUAAUGAAAGGGAAGGGAUAAGGGAAACUAUUUGCUCAAGAUAAAUAAACAUUUAUUUCUUAAUAAUUAUAACAAUAAACUUUCUUAUAUUACAAGUAUCCCAUGUUUUUUUGUAUUUGUCGGAUACUACAUCAUCAUAAUAUGAAAAUAGGGUAAAUCUUAUUUGGUAACAAUUUUUUAGUUUUAAAAUUUUUGUAGAAAAUUUAAAUAUGUACACUUAAAUAAAAAUCAUUUCAUAAAAAUAAAUAAUUUAAAAUUGAUUUUUUGGUUUUCUUAUUUUUUUUUCGUCAAAAAUUUACAAAUUAUUUACGCUGAUAAUUUGAUUAAUCCAACCGAUGAACGAUGACACUUUUACAUAAACACCUGGUACAUCUAUUCUACCACAACCAAAACCCCAUGAAACCAGUCCUGCCAAUUCAUAAAAACCAUCGUCUUGGCAAACCAAUGGCCCUCCACCAUCGCCCUAAAAAAACCAUUAGAUUGUUUCUUUGUUAAGUUAAGUGAAAAACAUACCUGACAAGCGUCAUUUCCUUCUUCACCACCAGCACAAAAACUGCUGGCGGGAAGAAUAAAUAUUUUUUCAGUUACCGCAUUCACCUUCCUGAUGCACUCGGCAUCACUUACUAUGGGUAUCUCAGCUUCCCUUACUCUCAACGGUAUAGGUCCAGCUAAAUAAAAAACAAUUAAACAAAACACCACAAUGUACCACUACUGUACCUUCACCCAUGUACCCAUAACCCGUGACAGUGCAUCUUUUCCCGGCAGCGUGGUUAACACCGCGAGCCGGUAGGCACACCAAGCAAACUCCUUCCUUCAACUCGGCUUGCCCGUGCAGCUUCAAUAAAGCUAUAUCGUUAUCCAAAGUCUGACUGUUGUGGUUAUGGUGAAUGUACGUGGUCGCCACUCUUAAAGUCUGAGCCCCGGGACUUCCGUAUUUCCUGGUCAGAUCGUGAUCUCCAACUCUCACGUAUAUCGCAUCUCCAGAACGAACAAUA